GCUAAACCCCACAGCAACAUUAUAGGCAGGAGACACUGGGAAGUGUGGCCAUGUGGAGUCGUCUGUUGAGAGUCAGAGGAGCACUUCAGAAGCAUGGCAGGGCGGAUCUAUGUUUCUGGGGGGCGCCCUGACACCUCCAUGACUGAGGCUGAGUCAGUCUGGACAACUCACCCGCAGCAAGUUCUGACUCUGUCGUCUGGCGAGACACAAUUACGUCCUCGCAAAAACCACUACAUCUGCGGUUCAAUUGCCGCUUUCACCAACAUUGCGCUGACCUUUCCCAUCAACAAGGUCCUGUUCCGCCAGCAGCUGCAUGGUGUGUUGGUGCGCACCGCGGUCCGUCAGCUUCAGAUGGACGGCUGGAGGAAUCUGUACCGAGGGUUGUUGCCUCCUCUGCUCCAGAAGAGCACCAGCGUGGCCUUGAUGUUCGGGCUCUAUGAGGACUUUUCUCAGGUCUUGCUAGAGCGGACAAAAGGCAGCCGAUUCCCAGAGGUGCUGACCCGGAGUAUCGCCGCAGUAUUGGCUGGAACUGUGGAGGCCACUUUGACGCCAUUUGAGCGCGUGCAGACUCUCCUGCAAGACCAUCAACACUACGGACGAUUCAGGAACACCUCUCACACCUUCAGGUCGCUCGUGUCAGAGUUCGGGAUCAGGGAGCUUUAUCGUGGCCUGGUUCCUGUUCUGCUCCGCAACGGUCCAUGCAAUGUCCUUUACUUUGGCCUCCGUGGUCCCAUUAAAGAGCAGCUCCCAGAAGCGACAAGUCAUGCAGGUCACCUGGUCAACGACUUCAUCUCUGGAGGGGUUCUGGGGGCCUCGCUUGGAGUCUUGUACUACCCUUUGAACGUCAUCAAGUCCCGCGCUCAGUCUCAGGUGGGAGGAGCGUUCCGGUCCUGUCGAGAGCUGAUGCUCGCCGUGUGGAUAGAGAGAGGCAGCAGUCUGGCCAAGUUCUACCGAGGCGCACACCUCAACUACCACCGGUCGCUCCUAUCCUGGGGAAUCAUCAACGCCUCAUACGAACUGCUGCUAAAGCUUCUGUAGCACUACUGCAAGCUACUAUUACUGUUGAAAUAUAAUGUGUUACUAACAACAUGGGUGCCAACUGCACUCAAAGAUCUUUAUUUAGAGCUUCAUGACAUUGCUGCCUGACGGAUUCAAACCUAAUUCCAAACAUGAUUCUUGCCUUGCUUGUGUUGAGAUCUCAAAAUUUAUUAAUGUUCCACACAUGUCUUCUGCAUUUCACCUGCAAGAGUGAAAGAGGAUCAUGAACACACCAUAUCCCAGCAUGCGCUGCAGCUGGACUGUUACCUCGUGCCACUGAAGCGUGAACAAGGGCAGCAGGAGAUGACAGUGGGGGCAGCAGCGGAGGGCGGUGGGGUCUUCCCCGUUACAGUGUGGAAGGUUUGCACCUCUGUCUGACAGUCGAUGGGAAAUCUCAUUGACUCCAACCUGAGGAGCGGCUGAACUUCUGGAGUGUUCCUCCUGUUUGAUUUGGGAGUCUGGAAGACACUCCAGCUAGUAGGAGGGACAGAUGAAAAGGAGUGUCACAUGAUCCUGGUCAGGUGGGGAAGUCUGGUCUUGACAUGCUGAGUAGGGAUGGGCGAUAUGGACAACAAAGUUAUCGCGUUGUAAUUUCCGCGAUAAUUAUCACGAUAAAUCCAUUUUCAUUCUA